AUGCCGACCGCUAUCUCUCUUCGCCCGCUAGAUCACACAGACUGGAUGAAUCAGUGCAAUGGAAACUGGCCCGUCUCUCCUAUUUCUGACGACCAGACCAUGCAUGUACCAGUAAAAAACGAAUCCCAAUACAAUUCGGAAACCCAAGAAACACUUAACCCCGCUAAGCUUCGUCGACGAGCCUCACAAGGAUCCCUCCGCACAAGACCAUCGCCAGUCUCUCGUUUCCUCUCGAAGAGCAGCGUGGCAGUGAAUUUUCCAUCGUGGGAACAACGCUCCUCGCCAUCGUCUCGUUCCGAGUCUCGCACCCGGUCGGUCGAUUCACGUCUUCGUCUGUCAACCACUGUUUCUCGCGGGCCGAGACCGUUGACCAGACAUUUGAGUGCUUCCCCUUCCUGGAAUUCACCACCUGCAUAUCAGGGUGAAUACCCCGCCAUAUUACCCCCCACUCCACCAGAGGAAGACAUUCCCGUUGCUUGGAACCCCAAGUCCGAGAUGCUUUUGUUCGACGCACCCCACCAUCCGGGCUCUAUGCCUAUGAUGGACGAAUCCCCGAGUGUGGACAGCUCUUCUGCGGCGGGUGCCUCAGAUACUCUCAGUAGCCCAUCGGAUGGGCUAUCUCACAGAGGAUCUUCCAGCUCUGGGGGAAGCCCUGGACCUCGCGAUGAAAUGGACUGUCAGCAGGAUAUGGGUUCAUGGCUGGAUCAUGGCAUCAACAUGACUGCUUCAUCACUCGCUCACUCCAACCCUCGAGGCGAGGCCGUUAAAAUCGUCUCCCAAACUCUCCCAUAUCCCAGGACAUCCGACCAGUCGGUGACAUUACCAAAAACCGGCAGUGUCUUCUCCUCCAUGGUCCAAGCUGUCCACAACCACUUACGACCUGGCCAAUCUCCUUAUAUCAAUGUCACCCACGCAGUCCCAGAGCAAUUCAGUCUCUCGAACCUGCCACUCUCUCCUCCCAGCACUCCUCGCUCCCCAACUGCUGCAGAGCAAUACUUCAAUGCAACCGUCUUCUCCAGCGCGGCAGUCGUUGGUGCUUACCAUGAUUACCGCGGCCCCCUCCAACGGCAAAUGUCCCACGCCCCAAUGCCCAUCGUCCCCCCUCACAGCGUCCACAUCUCCGUCCUCGAGCGCUACCUCCCCCCACCUUCCGCGCAAGAGUACCGUGAUGUGUUCUGCCCCACCCGUCCAUCUUUCCUCGUCGACCGCAUGAGCGAACUGUCACCAAACGGCGGCACUCUCCUUUUCGUGUAUCCCACCAAAAAAGGCGCCUCAACCUUCAAGUCACAAUACUUAGGCCCAAUUCUCGACCCUCUCCUCCGCCAACUUGUCGUGGUAAAUGAGCUCUCUGCAGAUGUGGGCCGGUUCCUCGGCAAACUCUCCUCCGUUUCCCAAAUGGACGACUUUGCCACUAUGAAAGCCAACAUCGUGGCUCUCUGCGAGUCUCUCAGCUCCUCCUCCUCAAAAUUCCACGUCGCUGAUGCCGGUCGCGGAAGCACCCACCUCGACCGCAACCUUUGGGCUGAAUGGUUCAUCCAUCAGGAAAAAGCCCGCAUGAAGGAAACUCUCAGCCUAUACUGGCAGAACAGCCGCCGGCCCCACAAGCCCAUGGGCUCAGGCUCUGGCAUGAUGGGCAGCAAGGAAGUCACUUCCUCGGGCCUUCUGAGCGAGAUCUUCGACGGCAUCCGCAAACGACGCUAUGGCGAGGACAACGAGCCUCGUGAUGGUGUCGAGCUUGGUGUUUUUGUCAUCCGUCGAUCGAAUUAG